CUUUGUUUUCCUAAACUAAACUAAAGCAAAUACGUAGAAGGGUUCUGAAGUUAUUAUACGUUGAAAAAAAGGUGCCAUUCUUGACAUACCCCAUCUGCUCUGUGCUUCAUUACCAGGUCUUGGAGUGUAUGAAGCACUGCCAAAGGAAUUAUUUGUGUUUUCAUUUCCACUUCUUCAGAUGUUUCUGCCCUGAUCUGGGCCUUCGGAAGUGUGACACACGUCGGUGCUGGGCACGGCCUGCUGUGGGACAGCCAGGACUCGCUACGCAGACAAGAUGGUGGCGUUUAACUGGAAGGCUCUGGAGAAUUUYCCAUUGCUGAUGUACAUUUUGGCAGCUAAAACAUUGAUCCUUUGCUUAGCAUUUGCUGGGGUCAAAAUGUACCGGAGCAAGAAAAUUGAGGAAAAAUUGAAGAGGGAACGUGAAGAGAAAUUGAAAAAAGAAGCAGAGAAAAAGGAUGAAUGAAGAGCCUCUCAGCUUCCUUGGAUUCCUCUCCUGGGAGAAUGAAGCUUUCCUGAAGAUGAAGGAUAUUGCAAAGGAAAUGAAGCCCUGAAGAGUAACAUUCACUUAAAUUGUAUCUCCACUCUUUUUUUUAUAUACAUACAGCAAAAUACCUAAGCUUCUAUUUAUGCAAUAAAAAAUCC